CGUCACUUCCUGUUUGCUGAGAGCGCGUGGUUUGAGUCGGAGCUCUUUCAAAUUUAUUCUUAAUACAUCGUUUAUUCUUGUUAUAUCUUAAGACUUGUGUUUUAAAUUGUUAUCCUCCGAGGGUAAAACAUAUCCUUAAAUAUAUCCCAUACCAAAAUCGUAUUUAAACGCACAGAUAAUUUAUUUUUAUCGGAUCACUCGCUAUUAGCCUCAGGCUGUUAGCAUUCCCAGCCUGCCUGCUUACUGCUUAACACACUGUUCUCGUUACUACAUCACUAAUGGCUAAUGUUUCAGAUGUGUUUGUACCUCUGUGUGCAGAUGAGGAAACGAUCGCACUUCAGUCGGAACUGGAGGCUGUGGAGAAGCAGAUCCAGGAUCUACUAGAGAAGCAGACACGGCUGCGAGAACGAAAAACGGCGCUGGAAACAUCCAGAGCUGACGCUCGCAAAUCCGCGGUAAGUUUUCAUCGCGAUUUUAAUACUCCUUCCACUUCUACUCCGCGUGUUUCUCUGCACAGAGCCCAGGCUUCGAGAACACGGUCAGCCCAAAUGAACUUCACUCCUGCACCGGCACACCCACGGCGAAAGGCGCGAGCUAGGACUGGAGCGAUGACCCAACCGCCGCCACCGGUCUUCGAGAUCCCGACCAGGAACCGCUUUGCCGCCCUCUGCGAGACGGAAUGCAACGCUGUGGUCAUCGGAGACUCAAUCGUCCGGAACGUACGCGCUUCCUCCACUAAAGGUAAGGUGCACACUCAUUGUUUUCCUGGCGCCCGUGUUCUUGAUGUCUCUGCGCAGGUACCUGCGAUCCUGAAGGACGAUGCUAACGUCGGAGCUGUCGUGCUGCACGCGGGGGCGAAUGACGUCAGGAUGAGGCAGUCGGAGAUCCUGAAGAGGGACUUCAGGAGUCUGAUCGAGACAGUACGCAACGCAUCGCCCACGGCGAGGAUCAUCGUAUCAGGGCCGCUUCCUACCUACCGACGAGGGAAUGAAAAGUUCAGUAGACUAUUUGCUCUAAAUAAAUGGUUGAUGUCAUGGUGUAUUGAACAGAAGCUGCUCUUUGUUGAUAAUUUUGAUCUGUUCUGGGAGCGACCUAGGCUCUUCCGCCCUGACGGCCUGCACCCCAGCAGCAUCGGAGCGGUUCUUCUGUCUGACAACAUCUCAAAGACGCUACGCACCGCUUGACUACGUCUCCCAGCGUGACUUUUAUCCGCUGCUCCGCACUACCCUCAGUUUCCGGUUGUAGAAACUACGGCAACACGCAAAUGCGGAAGUGGUUAUACAGCAUCUGUUGUUCUGUUAUUAUGGAUCGCGAUUACUCUUUGGCGAGUAAAGGAAACCCCAAAAAACUGUAAACUUAGGCCAAAUGAGGCAAGCAGGCUUAUGGACAAACGAAGAAAUAAAACAAGGAUUAAUAUUGGCGUGGCGUUUUCUAAAUGGAGAGAGCUUCGCGACCAACUUGGACUCGACAUAGACUCCGCUCUGGCAUGUGUUUUAAUAGACAGGUUGUAACGGCCACCUAUGUCUAAUGUGUAUGUACUUUUAAGAUGAAGUCUGUUGUGUAUGCAUGCGGCUCCUGCGUUAGCACGCGAGAGUUGGGUUUGGACGCUGAGAAGUGAACAGGUGUGAUGGUCGCUCUACCGCUGACUAUGUGUGUACCUUUUCCUUUGUGACGGAACUGGAGGGUUUCCUUCCCCGUUUCUACACCACUAUAAAAGUGUGCGGGAUGUUUAACCGAUGGACUCUCGUGUCUUUCUUCCUCGGCUAUGGCCAUCUGUUCCAUUCCGGGUAACGUUGGCUUAAACUCUCUGGCCCACCGUUACAAAGUGGCGCCCGAACGACUGAAUCCUGGCAGACCAUCUUUUUGUUUCGCCGCCGUUACGAAGUGGCGUCCGACCUACUGGAUCCUGACGAUCAUCUUUUUGUUUCACCGUUGCUACAUAGUGGCGCUCGGUCGACUGAAUUUUGCCGACUACUUUUUUGAUUUUCAUCUUCGCCUCAACUUGGCGCUGGGUCCAUUGAAUCCUUGCCGACCAUCGUUUGCUUUCGCCGCUGCUACAAAGUGGCGCUCGGUCGACUGAAUUUUGCCAAUUGUCUUUUGAUUUCAUCCUCAUGGAUUUUCGUUAUUUGACCACUUUUUGGAAGCUAAAUAUUCGUUGCGGAUUUUUUUAUUCGCGCUGCACCCGCUACACCGGACCGUGGCGUAACUAGCUUGCUAGCUGUGGAGACCAUGCGGUCGGUGCCUAAUUGAGUUUCAGGGGCUUGUUCAGGUGAUUUAUCGACAAUUUAACUCUAUUGGUUUGUGAAUUUGCCUGAACUUUAAGAACUUUUAAUAUUUCCAAGAAGUUUUUCGUUUUUUUUUACUUUAUUUUCCUUCGCCACGUGGAUUGAACUGAACUGUACUGCAUUUCACUUUAUGGUGAUAUAACGAGGUCACAUCGCUUAGCAAGGCUCGACGAUGGUGAUCGUUUCGACGGUCAACACUAUGGCUUGGGCCAUGGCGUGCACCGAGGGUCGCCUUGGGCUGGUCAUCGGUUUGGGGGUCGUGAGUGUGCCACCUUGACCAGCUAGGUCUUUAUGUAGUCUGUUACUUACACUAAUAUGUGUGUUCAUUUAAUUUGUUCUAAUGCUACCUUGAUGUUCAUUUAUUUCUGGGUCAGCUAAAAGUAUAAUGGUUAUUACAAUUUAUUUCUAAUACUAUUGUUUAAUGCUAUUCAAGUGGUAGUGCGACAUCUGCUGUGUUUGAAGACUGUCUUGUACCUUGUCUAAGUUGUUUACUUAUGGUUUUAUUUUGUACAAAUGUGCUGCAGUGAAUUAUGUAUUUUUGAUCCGCAUAUUCUGCCGUGUGCUAGUAUACAUGCCUGAUCGUUUCAUAUUCCUGUAUAGCCAUAUGUUGUAAGUGCUGCAGUGAAAUAUGUAUUUUGAUCCGCUUAUACUGCCAUGUGUGUUAGUUUUUAUGCCUGAUCGCUUCAUAUUCCUGUAUAGCCAACUGUAUUGUACCUUUGUUGUGUUUUUGAAUUCUGUGAUUGGUUAUUUGCAGUGGGAUGCAGUUAUUUAGGCCUUGUGAUCCGCUUAUCCUGCAUGUGUGCAAGUGUAUGCCGGAUUGAUUCAUAUUCCUGCGUAUCGUACUGUUUUAUAACUGACUUUGUAUUUAUCUGUUGUUUUUGUUUAUUUUCGGUGUGCUGUGUACUGUAUGUCUUUUGGUCCGAUUAUGCUGUCAUGUAUGACUGCAUAUACUUGAUCGAUUCAUAUUACUGAUUAGCUCCUGUCUGGUUACUUUGACAAUUGUUCAUGUUUGAGGUUGUUCAAAUUUGGAUUGUCUGUUCUCAGCUGUGUACGGCUGGGGUCAGCCUUUCUUUGCUGGGGGGAUCUGUAACGGCCACCUA